GUAUCAAGCAUGUGACUCCCAUUCAAGUUCAGAUCACUCGUGUUUACAUGCUUAUUACAACUGUCAAACAGCGUUCGGAAGAGAACACAGCGUAUGUAUUGAGCAUGGACGUCAGAUUUCUUCACAGGCUCUGCUUGAUCUUGUGUUAUCUCAUCGUACAACUGUCCUCGGUUAUUGCGGAAUGUCCAGUUGAUAGUAUUUGGAGUAACCACGCACGGGAGUGUGUAUCUUGUGUUGAUGUCUGCGCCCUCGCACGUGGAUCGGGUUGUCUCAGUCGGUGUCUGGGGACAUCAUCGGCGUCUGAUACCUCGGGAUUGACUAAGGUUCGUCGUGAUGUUUUCGGUCAGAAAUGCAUCAACGUCGCAUGCCUGGACUUCUCCUACUGCGACCCCGGGGUAGGGGAGUGCACGCCCUGCGACCAGCUGUGCGACCACCACCGCAUCCAGGGUACAACGGAACAAUGUCGACACAAGUGCCCAAAGUACUUCAACCGUAUGGAACGUGUGACAACAGAAGCUCCACGCACUGAUGUUCUACGUCGCAGCACCUCCGUGGAGCCUGGAGACACCAGUACGCUUCCUGAUGACCGGCAACAGGACAAUAACCACAACGUGGCUUCAAGCGACGUGUUCACCCUUGGCGUCGUGACGAUUGUAGUUCUGAUCAGUCUGACGGGUAUUGCGGUACUGCUGUGGAAGGGAAAGUAUCUGGCCAAGAUGUGUCGCCCAACCUCACAGCCAGAAGAACAGAAGUCAUCUCUACCUUGCUCGCAGGAAGGGGAAGGCGAUCUCAUCAAUUCUCGAACUCCACUCACUGCACCACGUGGUCCUAUUGCCCAGGAAAAGAACUUCCCGAGUGCAGAAAGUGGACAUCAAUCAGACCACACCCUAGACCUGAGGGUGGAGAUGGGCCAUCCCGAGAUAUGCAUCCCUUAUACCGAGGUGGACGGCCCCGGCACACAAUCUACUGCACGCAAAACGCUGUGUUGAUGAUCGGCUUGUGUUUUAGCUUCAAUAUGUUCAUGUAGCUGUGUCGUCAGAAACAUCCUUGUAUCAUGUCAAAUGUGCUGUCAACUACACACAAGGUAUGCAUGGUUACCCCCUAGAGAUUUGAUCAUUCCACAAUCUCCAAAAUGUUUUCGCCGAUCUAUUAGUUAUGUUUUCAUGCUAAUUUGGGGUAAAAUUGAAUUUUGGAUUCAAAGAGAAAAAGGGUCAAACGUCUAAAAAAAAUUUCACUUUUAGAAGUCACAUUUUAUGAUUCAUCUCAAUGUAAUUUCAUUUUCUAUCUUUGAGAAUGGCCCAGUGAAGAUCGGUUGCCACCGACAGGUCGGGUAGGGUCCUGACUUGGUUGAUGCAUGUCAUCGUUUCCCAUUUGCGUAGAUCGAUGCUCAUUAUGUCAAUCACUGGAUUGUCUGGUCCAGACUCGACACAAGAACGCUGUGUUAUAGUUGUAAUAUUGUAAAGUGUGUUUUAAACCAACAAAACAUUGAGAUUGGUAUUGAGAUUAUAGCGAGUGAGUAGCAAUACUCCAGCAAUAUCACGGGAAAUGGGCUUCACACAUUGUACCCAUGUGGGGAUUCGAACCCGGGACUUCGGCGUGACGAGCGAACGCUUUAACCACUAGGCUACCCCACCGCCCCGUGAGAAGUUAUACAUAGAUAGAUAUAUAUAUAUAGGUCAGUCUGUUUGUUGUUCUUUUACCCUACUUUCAUUUGGACAUCUUCACCAAAUACCUUAUUUACCAAUAUUUUUGUGAAAACCUAGCUUAUUUUUUUAACAAAUGUGGUAUAUUUGUCCCAUCACUUAAUUACUUGAUUCUUUGCUGUCUCGAAAAUAUAUGUACAUAUAUGUAUAUAAUGUUGCAUAUUUUAGCUUUUUAGCUUAUAGCCAUUGAAUAUUUGUAUUUGUGUAUUGUAUGAUCGAAGUACUUAUUGUACAACUAUAAUCAUUUUUGCAAAUGUAUUUCAUUAUAUAUAUAGGUCAGUCAGAAGCUACCUGUUUGUCUGUUUUAAGAGUACCCCAACUGUCAUAUCGACAUUUUUACCAAAAACGAAACGCAUGUUUUUGGUAAAGUUUUAAGUUUUGUUAAAACACUUAAAACAUCCAUCGGGCAUAUUUUUUUACCCCCUACGGUGUAUACCAGUAUGUUCCUUCACUCAGUUGUUUGCUGUCUACACGAACAGUUCUGUAUAGUUUGUUUUUUAUAUAAAGUUGUAUUUUUAGCUUAAUUAGCUAAAUGCUAUGGAUAUUUAUUCAAUAAGAUUUAGUUAGAUUUAGAUUAAUGUGCAUUAUCAUACAUUAUGUGGGAGCUUUGCAUCUAGUAUUUCGCGAAAACGUCGCUCUUGACUGACAUUCAGAAUGCUCAAUUUUAGACUUUUUCCACUGUUUAAAUGAAUGAAUAGGGCAUUUGAGUGUACCCUCCCCCGAAUCAUAUCGAUUACUUUCCAGGAACAAGUCAUGUCUGUAUCAAAAGAUUAAACGUUAAGCCAUACUAGAGAUAGGAGAUCGAAGAAAUCGUAUUUUGUGGUGUACUGACUUGUGAUGUUCUUCUCAUAUCAGGGUUAUUCAGAAAAAAACAUGUAGGAUGUUCCUUAAUGACACGGUGAUACCCAUACUGGGCCCCGUCCCUCAAAGUGAUCUUAGCGCUACGAUGAUCGUAAACCUAUGUUAAAGUAUGGGACUUACGAUCGCCUUAGUGCUAAGAUCGCUUUGGAGAACGGGGCCUAGGGCAUUAAGAUGGCAUGACCCGACACGUAAAAGGAAGAUAUACAAUGGUUAAAGGAUACCGGAGUAUCAUUGCGGAGGUUAAUGACAGUAGAGUAUUGUUUAUAUAAGUAGCCCGACAAUACGGGUGAUGUCAGUAUUGCAGCACCCAGGGGUAUACAGUUUACAUCUCUGAUGCCCCUUCUACCACUGCCACGAGCUUGAACCUUAUACCUAUACGUCUCAUAUGUAUACCUAUACAUCUCAUAUGUAUACCUAUACGUCUCAUAUGUAUACCUAUACAUCUCAUAUGGUGCUGAUGCAAUGUUUCUACUCUGCUUACAUAUUUAUUUAUAAUUUAUUUUUGUAGACCGUUUGUAUUUGCGUGUUUCAGCGUUUACCGUUUGUUACAAAGUAAAUAGAACAAUAGCAGUGAGAUGAUUAACAGGAUGCGUGCGCGCACGUGUGUGUUGGUGUGGACGUGGGUGUGUUAGUGAGGUAUCUGUUGUGUGCGUGCGUGAUUGCGUGUGCGUUGGUAUGGACGUUGAUCGGGAUCAUUGUCAAAGACACAUUACUAAGAAUAUGAAAUAGCACACUGUAUAUAUUAAGGGACAUUAACCCGAUUAUGUAUAUUGUUAAAGAUGGCUGUUCAGUUUUGCCAUGUGUCUGGGGUGUUGUAUGUCAUUGACUUUGUAUUUAUUAAUUGUUCUCAAAGCACUGUGGUUUUAGUAGCCAAAUAGUUUCUCCACUGAGUAUAACUUAGGAUUGAGAAGGCGAUGUCUGUUACCACCUGGCUAUUACAAAGCUGCCGCUAUUAUGACAAAUGUCACAACACCGUUAUCACAAUAUUGGAAGCAUCCCAUCAGAUGACAUAGCCUCGUCCAUCAUAUAACAUCAUUGAGACGUUAUUGGGAGAUGCGGUCGAUAACAUUACUACAUGUCACUUACAUUCCUUGUUUGAAAAAUCAAAUUCCUGGUUAUGCAGUAUUAUUAUUAUUACCAUGUGCAAGUGUAUGCUCAAAGGUAAGAUACAGUAUCCACUUUGAGGGGAGUUUUUUUUAUGGGGGCGUGUGUGUCAAGGCGGCACGGCACCAGGCGCUAUCAGAUCUGAAGAUCAACUUAACAUUUUAUAAAAUGAUUAAGUGUAAAGUGUAGUUGCUGUGUAUAGAUUAAACCUGAAGCCAGAUAUAGUAUUAUAUAAGAACCGUUCAAAACUAUUUUGUCAGUGCACGUGUAAUAUCAAGUAAUAAACUGUUCACUCGGUA